CCAGAGUGCCCCGCGCCGCCGGGAGCCUUGCGUCCGCCGGGGCUGCGAGGCCGGGAAGGUGCCGGCGCCCCGGCCCUCGCCUGCGGUGAGCGGCACUGUUCGUGAAGGGAACCCGGGGCGGCGCUCCCGGGGCGAGGUGGCGUUGGUCCGCGUCGUGCGCCAGAGGGGCUAGGGCCGGGUACCGCAGGGUCGGCUGUUCGCAGGCCCGAGUGUGGACACGGCCCCUCCUCUUCCUUCCCCGGGCCUUGGCCUCGGGAGGCCCUCGGCGAGCAAUGAGGCCUCGCGUUCUUCCCGCUGGCCAGCGCGGCGGCCGCCCCGACGUGCGAGGGGCCCGGCCCUGAGCCCGGCGCCAUGAGGAGCGGCGCCCCCAGCCCGGCGGCCCCGCCCCGGGCGCUCGCGGGGCCCCUGCGCAGCAGCGAGCCGGCGCGCGCCGCCCCCGUCCGGUCGGCGGCCGCGGCCCUGCUGGAGGAGGCGGCGGACCUGCUGGUGGUGCACCGGGACUUCGGCGCGGCGCUGCGGACCUGCGAGCGCGCCUGCCGGGCCCUGGCCUGCGGCGCCCCGGCGGAGGAGCCCGCGGGCGCCUCCUUGGAGGUGAAAUGCUCCCUGUGUGUUGUGGGGAUCCAGGCCCUGGCAGAAAUGAAUCGGUGGCGGGAAGUCCUGUCCUGGGUUCUUCAGUAUUACCAGGCUCCUGAAAAGCUGCCCCCCAAAGUCCUGGAGCUGUGUGUUCUUUUAUACAGCAAAAUGCAAGAGCCUGCAGCCAUGCUGGAAGUGGUCCGUGCCUGGCUCCAAGACCCAGACAAUCAGGGCCUUCCAGAAUACAGAGCCUUGGUAGAACUUCACCUGCAGCGGGUUCUGCUGCCUCUGGGCUGCUUGUCGGAGGCUGAGGAGCUAGUGGUGGACUCUGUAGCCUUCAGUGAUGAGCAGCGGCUGGAUGCACUCCAGGCCAUUAGCACAGCGAGGGAACAGCAGAAACAUGAACACUCUGGCUCUGAGGAGGCCCAGAAACUAAACCAGGAAGGCUCCUCCUCCCACAAAUUUCUGUCACUACUGAUGUCUCUUCGCCGGCUUUGGGACUUUGUAGUGAGCCACUUCUUUUCCCUGCCCUUCAAGAAGAGCCUUGUGGCUGCCUUGAUCCUCUGCCUCUUGGUGGCAAGGUUUGAUCCAGCUUCUCCGUCUUCCCUGCCCUUCCUCUACAAGCUGGCGCACAUCUUCCAUCGGAUCCGGGAGGCCGUGUCUUCUCCUCUCGGCCAGCUUCCCAUCCAGAACUGAGCGGUCUUCCUCACUCACCUCACUGCCCCUCAGGUCUGCUGCGGCAGGGGCGAGUGACUCAUCCAUGGCAGCAUGUUUCCUUUUGCUGGCUGGUUCCCUGUAGGAGUGGAGCCAGCCUAAUUCUAGAAAGAGCUGAUCCAGUCAGAUGAACUGUAUCUUGCUGCCUGAAUGCUCUCCCCCUCGCACCACACUUUGGCUGGCCUUGGUAGGUAAUGUGGAAAUGGAGUGGGGCUAGAGGGCACAGGUCCUCCAGAAGAGUCACCUCUUAUUCCCAGUGGCUCCUUGUGAAGGAGGAGUUUGGAAAAGGAGAGUGCAUUCCUGAACAUUCCAUCUUCUUGGCAAAGGCAAAGGGCUGAUUUUUUAGGUCAGGGUGUUAAUGAAACUGGAAGUUCAGGAAAACCCUGAUGGAGUGACCCUUGGCCUUUCACUUCCUUGGAAAACUUCCUCUGAAAAUCACCCCAGAGGGUAGGCCCUUGAUUAGGCAGAGUGAGAUCUGAGAGAGCCUCUUUCUUUUCUAUGCUCCUCUCCACAGAUCCGGUCUAGGUAUCAGUAUACCAUCCCCAUGGUUUUGUGAUGGGCUUGAAGCUGCUUGGGCCUUCUCUGUUCAGACCAGCACCUGGCUUUCGGAACCAACCAGGUGCCUGGUGAAAACAGAGUGAGGCUCUUCAGCCCCAUCACUGGGUAAAGUGAUCCUGCAUCGUGCCUCUCGGGCUGCAGCUCGAUUUCCCAUGUCGUCCGUGGCCAAGUCCUGCUCUGUGACACUUGGUGUCUCCGCCUGCCCUCUCCCUCCCAUCAGCCGUUCCCCUGCUCUGCAGUAGUAGUUUUGUGCUUUGUCCAACAGCUGUUUCCCAGGUUCUGCCUGCGUCCUUGCCUCCUUGGUACACUCCUUGACUGCUGGUUCUUCCCUUUCUGUGUCCUCUUGUUCUACUUCUGGUUUCUUGUUUGUAUAAUGCACAAGUGUUUCUGCUCGUGGGGUCUUGAAAACUAGGCCAGCCUCAGAGGCUGCUGAGCUGAAAAUGGAACUGGGUAAUCAGGUGAGCUGGAAGCAAGGUGCGGAGUGGGUUGGGCAGAAGGCAGACAUGGGUUUUGAAGGCAACGAACAAUUUAUUCGUUAUUGUCGGGAGGAGGCAUCGGGGCCUUGGCAUUUUGAGUAUAGCUGAAUGUUUCAGUGUUUUCUGUCACUGGCCAAAGGAUCUUACAUGUUUCUGUGCAAGUAAAUGUAGAACACUACCUUGCUGUCAGGUGUGAAAGGCUUCCCGCAGGAGCCAGCCUUUCUGCAGUGGCAGUCCCGCAAGCGCCCCUGCUGGGACCUCUGUCAGUGUUGAGGUCAAGAAUAUGGGAGGUGCUUAUUAGCUUUUCAUAGGCUGAUUUUUAGCAGUUGCAAGUCAACAGCUUCUCUUUAGUAAAAGGGAUAGAGUAAGUGAACUUCACAGGCCCGUGGAGAUUAAGUCCCUAAGCUGUGGUCCAACUCUGUAGAAAACAAAUCUAUGCUUUUACAUAUAGGCUUUUAAAUAGAGUUAAGAACCUUGGGGAGAGGAAGGGAGAUGGGUGAGCUUUGAGAUCUCUCCUUUAGAAAGAUUUUUUAAAAUGAAAAUCUGGUCCUGUUCACUACGCUAGAUAAAACUCUUUAACGAAUUCCCAUGGCCUAUAGGAUAAAACCCAGAUCCCUUUUUUUUUUUUUUUUUUUUAGGGAAAGAGCUGAGAGUUAGAAUUUUUUUUUUAUGCUCUUUUGGUGAGGAAGAUUGGCCCCAAGUUAACAUCUGUAGCCAAUCUCCCUCUUUUUUUUCCUCCCCAAAGCCCCAGUACAUAGUUGUAUAUCCUAGUUGCAGGUCAUCCUAGUUCUUCUGUGUGGGACAGUGCCACAGUGUGGCUUGAUGAGCGAUGCUAGGUCUAUGCCUAGGAUCCGAACUGGUGAACCCUGGGCCGCUGAAGUGGAGCCUGUGAACUUAGCCACUUGGCCAUGGGGCUGGCUCCAAAACCCAGAUUCUUCUUCAUGGAGUUUAAGGCCCGUUAGGCACUGGUUUGGGCUGACACUUCCACUUUCAUGUGAGGCCUCUGUUCCUUAUGCAUGCUGCCCUCCGGCUGCUCAGCCAGUCAUAGGUUCUGAACACUGCGCGUUCUCUCACAUUUCCGUGCCUUUUGUACUUGCUGUUCCUUUUGGAAGGUCCAGCCUUCCUCCUUGCCUGAUGAGUUCCUCGACCUUCCAGACUUACUCAAGGGUUACUCCUGGGAAUCCUUUCCCCAUGUCCCCUGCUUCUAGGCCCUAUUUCAUAUCCCUUCUGUGGUAGUGACCCAGUGGCCUUAUAAUUGUGAAGUUCCUUGCUGCCUCCAGUAACUGUGAGCUCCUUGAAGCUGGGGACUGUGGCGUGUUGCAGUGUUUGAGUUGGGUCUGGAUCCCCGCCCACCUCUCACAAGGCGUGGGACUGCUGGAAAGUGACUUCACCUUUUGGUCUCAGUGUUCUCAUCUGCAGUAUAGUUCUUUUCUCAUAGGGACUUUUGGAUGAGUAAAUGAGAUCCUGCUUAUGGAGUGCUUAGCAUGUUAUCCUGUCCCAAGUAAGAACUCCCGUGAAGGGUAGCUGUCUCCCCAUUGCCCAGCUGAGUGCCUGGAGGUUAGAAGGUGUUUAGAGGUGUUUAAAUGAGUGAGUUGAUAUGAUUGGCAUGACAAGAGGUCUCUGCUUUUGGUGAGCCUGUGGGUUUUGUAUUGUGAAACCCUGAGUAUACAGAAGACCUGACUGUGCCCAGCUCACUUUUCUGUUCUCUCCUGAAGUUCUCCAGUACUGUUCUGCUUAUAGGCCUCUCAGUCCUCUGUUUUAUGUUUGUCUUGAACUCUCCAGUGUUGUCUUCCGAGUCAGACAAGGACCUCAGAGCCAAAACUGCUCCGAUGACGACCUUUUCUGAGGAUGCAGGUUGGUGCUCAUAUCCGUCUUCAACUCUGGGCUUAACAGGGUCAGAAGCAAAAAGAGGGCUUCCUUGUUAGAUGUCCACCUGCGCUGUCUAGUACGCUAGCCGUUAGCCACAGAUGGCUUUCGAGCACUUGAAGUGGAACUGGUCCAGAUCAAGAUGUUCUGUAAAUGUAAAAUAUACACUGGAUCUUGAAGACUUAGU